AUGAGUCUGCUACGAGGUGCCAACGGCAGCGCCAGCGCCGAGCACGUCGCCACGCACCACCACCACCACCACCACCACGAUGGUGACGAGACGACGCCUCUCCUCGCCACCACCAGCCUGCUCUCCGGCGUCGCCAUCGAGGACGACCCCGAAGCCGGCUGCCACGGCGGCGGCGACGACGACGACCGCCGCCCCGCUCCCCAGGAGAAGCCGCUGCCCGCGCUGCAGAUCGCGCUGCUCUGCUACGCGCGCAUCAUGGAGCCCAUCGCCUUCUUCGCCAUCGUCCCCUACAUCGCCGCCAUGGUCUCCCGCGCCGGCCGCCUGCCCGCCUCCGACGUCGGCUUCUACAGCGGCCUCAUCGAGAGCCUCUUCUCCGCCGUGCAGGUCUGCGUCCUCAUCGCCUGGGGCCGCCUCGCCGACCGCCUCGGCCGGCGACCCGUGCUCCUCGCCAGCCUCGCCGGCAUGGCCGUCGGUCCCGCGCUAUUUGGCCUCGCGACGAGCAUCCCCCAGAUGAUCCUGUUCAGGUGCGUUGCGGGCGUCUUCUCCGGCUCGACGCUGAUCAUCCGCACGAUGAUCGCGGACCACUGCGCGGGCGGCGGGCACGGGCCGAGGGCGUUUAGCUGGUUCGCGUUCGCGGGCAACGUGGGGAUCCUGAUCGGGCCGAUCAUCGGCGGGUUGCUGGCGGAUCCGGCGGAGCAGUAUCCGGGGUGGUUCGGCGGGAGCACGUUUUUGAGGCGGUUUCCGUAUGCGGCGCCGGGGUUCGCCGUGUCGGCGAUCGCGGUGACGGGCGUGGUGGCGUGCUUCUUCUUCCUGGAGGAGACGCUGGACAAGACGACCGCGCACGCGACGACCGGCCCGCAAAAGUCGUUGGCGGGGAGGAUUACGAUCUGGCGGCUGCUCAAGACGUCGGGCGUCCCGACGGUGCUGCUCGUCAACGGAUCCGUCAUGAUCAUGGCGUUCGCCUUCACCGCGCUCCUCCCCGUCGUGCUGUACACGCCCAUCGCCAUCGGCGGCCUCGGGCUGUCCGCCUUUCAAAUCUCCAUGUACAUGGCCCUGCAGGGCCUCUCCCAGGCCGCCUGGCUCCUCCUCGCCUUCCCCCCGCUGCACCGCCGCCUCGGCAACCGCCGCCUGCUCCUCGCCUGCGCCGUCGCCUACCCCUUCUUCUUCCUGAGCUACAUCAUCCUCAACGAGCUGCUGCGCGCGCGGGCGACGGGCUGGGCCUGGGGGGUGGGACCGCUGGCGGCGGCGGUCGGGCCGGGCGUCUCGAUGGCGUUUACGGGCGUGCAGCUGGCGCUCAACGACGCGUCGCCGGACCCGCGCGUGAUGGGCACGCUCAACGGCAUCGCGCUGACGGUGGCGAGCGCGCUGCGGUCGUUCGUGCCGGCGCUGACGACGGUGCUGUACGCGGUGGGCGUCAGGGAGCAGGUGCUGCGCGGGCAUCUGGCCUGGGCGGUGCUCAUCCCUGUGUCGGCGCUGAUGCUGGUGGCAAUCCCGAAGCUGCCAGACGACAGGCCGGCGACGACGACGGUUGCUUCGGCGGCUUCCGACGAGGAAUCCAACCCGUGA